CAAACUUUUUAUUUUCUUAUAAACCAUACCCUGACUUUUGGCAAACAGAGGGGUCAUAGGACCCGGGUAAUCAAGGGCAUUGCUUGGUGUUUUUCCUCUGGGGUUUGGCAUCUUCUCACAGGACCUGAGCCACUAGGAUCAGAUUCAUGGAAAUCAUAGGCUAGGAGAAGAAACAGAGCUGAACUUCGCUCAUUGACCUAUUUAAAACCCAUCAUCCCGAAUUCCCUUCUUCCUCCCCUGGAUCCCCAUUAUGCCUAUUUAGGCUUCUGUUACACUUAGGGACAGGGAGGAGGUCUUGAAGGAGAAGGGGCUGGGAUUAGGAAUUGUGCUAGAAGAAGAAAGGAAAUGUGGUAGAGACUAAUGGCCAAGUGGAGAAGAGAGGGAAUGACUGGAGGACUCGGUUCCCUUAGCUCCUUCCACAUCUUUGUUCAAUAUUGGUCUCUGCCUGUAAAAGUGUUGGACUGCAGCAUGGACGGCUCAGAAUGGGAUAAUAGGAAAAAGGGGGCCCCAUGGCACAACUGCAUCCAUUGAAAUCUUCAAGUCUUCAUCCUCCCAUCCCUUGAACACUUGAUGUGUCCCAAACCACAACAUCCUUUGAGGUUUGGGCCUGUUAGUCCUAAAGCGGAUAGCCUUCAAAUAGAGCUGGCAAAGUUUACCUCAGGCCCACCCUUCUGUGGUCAGCCAGAGGUACGCCCCUGCCCUUGAGGGCCAGGGAGCUCAGAAGAUAUAAAGGAUGCCCUGGAAAAGGGUGUAAAGGCACAGGACCAGUGUGGACUGAACUGCACCUGACCUCCCGCUGGACAGCUGCAUCAUGAAGAUAGUCCUACUUUUCUCCUUGCUGACCCUGGCCACCCUCUGCCUCUGCAAGCAAGAUGCUGAAGCUGGUCCCCAAGAGUCUGGCAAAAGAACAGCCUUUGCCUCCAAGCGUGAGAGUAGUGAGCUGGCGAGGAGACCAAAGCGCCAAGUGUACAACUGGCAAGGGCUUCCUGCCCCCUAUCCUGACCCUUUGGAGCAGAAACGGGAGGUGUGUGAGCUUAACCCCGACUGUGAUGAACUAGCUGACCACAUUGGCUUCAGUGAGGCUUAUCGGCGAUUCUACGGGACAGCCUAGACCCCGGACACCCGCUCUCUCCCUCAG